GGCUGCUGAAAAGAGGGUCGAGGGAUGUUACAGCCCAUCCUUCAGCGGGAUGAUAACGCCGCCGGCGGGAAGGCUGCCUCGAGCGGGGGCGCUUCUCCAAGGCCUUCCCUCCCUGCAGGGGGAAGCCCAGCGGGCCCGGCUGCCUCCCUUCCCGACGGGCCGGAAUGGCGGGACAGCGUGGAAAAACGCACCCGGGGCGGCAGGCCCGAGGCGGGAUGGCGCGGUGCCUUUGGCGUCCCCCUCCGCGUUAGCGGGGCUCCUCCGAGUCGUAGCGGGCCCGGCCCUGCGCCGGCCUCCAAUCUGCCCCCUCCCAGCGAGCGGAGAAAGAGGAGGAGUUGGGCUGACUGGCCCGCGCGCCCGCCAGAGCUCGCUAUGGUCCCGGCGUGGCUUCGGGCCGUCGGCGGGGCCUGGCGCCCUUGCUGGGCCGGGGGUCGAGCAGUGCCCUCGCGGCCCCUAAGCGCCGACAAUGGCCGACACAGGAGUACCUUUGAUGUUGUUGUUAUUGGUGGUGGAAUUGUGGGUCUGGCAUCGGCCAGGGAGCUUAGCCUGCGGCAUCCGUCCCUUGUUUUUGCAGUACUCGAAAAGGAAAAGGAGUUAGCUCUCCAUCAAAGUGGGCAUAACAGUGGUGUUAUUCACAGUGGAAUCUACUAUAAACCUGGAUCCCUAAAAGCAAAGUUGUGUGUAGAAGGAGCUGUUCUCUGCUAUGAAUACUGUGACCAAAAAGGAAUCCCAUAUAAACAAUGUGGCAAGCUGAUUGUUGCAGUUGAACAUGAAGAAAUUCCAAGACUCAAGGCACUUUAUGAAAGGGGGAUACAGAAUAACGUACGGGGGCUGAAACUAAUCACUUCCAAAGAAAUACAAGCCAAGGAACCCUACUGUCGGGGGUUGAUGGCUCUGGAUUCCCCAUGCACCGGCAUUGUGAACUACAGGCAGGUGGCCCUAGCCUAUGCUGAAGAUUUUCAGGCAACUGGAGGUACUGUGUUGACGGAGUUUGAGGUGGAAGACAUGGAAAUGGCAAAGGAAAGUGCUGACGGAAGUAAAGAAGGGAUGAAAUAUCCAAUUGUUGUUAGAAAUUCAAAGGGGAAGGAGGUCCGAUGCCGACAUCUUGUGUCCUGUGCAGGACUUUACUCAGAUCGACUCUCUCAGAUCAGUGGUUGUCACCCAGAGCCCCGCAUUGUGCCUUUCCGGGGUGAUUAUUUGGUGCUGAAGCCAGAGAAGUGCUAUUUAGUUAGAGGAAAUAUUUAUCCGGUACCUGAUCCCCGUUUCCCCUUUCUGGGCAUUCAUUUUACCCCACGGAUGGAUGGCAGUGUCUGGCUUGGGCCCAAUGCAGUCCUUGCAUUUAAACGAGAGGGCUACAGAUUUUAUGACUUCAGCAUCCAAGAUUUUAUGGAUGCAACUGCUUACAGUGGCUUAUGGAAACUAGUGCUGAAGAAUUUUUCAUACGGGAUGGGAGAAAUGUACAGAGCAUGUUUUCUAAAUGCCCAAUUGAAGCAGCUGCAAAAAAUCAUCCCUGAAGUUACUAUCAAUGAUAUUCAGAGAGGGCCUGCUGGAGUCAGAGCUCAAGCCUUGGACAAUGGUGGGAACUUGAUUGAUGAUUUUGUGUUUGAUAGUGGUACUGGAGACAUUGCUGCCCGAAUACUCCAUGUCAGGAAUGCUCCUUCGCCUGCUGCUACCUCCUCCCUUGCCAUUGCAAAAAUGAUAGCCAAUGAGGUGGAGCAGAGAUUUGAACUGUGACUGGGACAGUGGAGACUUGGCCCUCAUUGCUCUUCUGUAGGUAGCUACGGUCAAAGAAAAGGGCUACUUUUUGUUUGGAAACAGGUGGUUAGAAAAAGGAGUCACCUACUACUUUGCCAUACAAAAGCAUCAAACUUCACAGUCUGUAUCACAGCACUGAAACUAUGUAAAAAGAAGCAUAAUAAGGUUAAACAGAUUAAUGGAUCAGUUAAUGGUCAUAUUGAUUUGUUAAGGGAGAAUAGUGUGUAUGUGUAAGAGAGCAAUUAACAAACCAGAACUCCCUCCUCUUCCGUAAAGACCUGCUUCUGUCUGAACAAAGUUCUGUUUCCAAAUGGAGAAAUGAGGAAGAGACCAGGCCAAGAAAGCCAUUUUUUUCUAGGUUUCUGUUUCUUACUUACAAAAAUUCAAUGAUGCGUGGGCUAGCACUUUUAAAAUAUGUGAGCAAGCAUGUGCUGUGGUUGUAUGACUUUUCUUCUGUCUUAGAGUCAUAAGAAAGCCAGUAGACACUAACUCUCCAUAGAUCAAUGCAUCCUAAGCAGUUUGUUCCCUCAUGUUCAUGUUGGGCCCCUCUUUAGGCUGUAUCAAUUAUCCGAUUGCAUGAGUGGUUCCAUCUCUAGCAGAAGUUAUGCUGUGAACUUCCAGAAAAAGAUACCAGUUUGUCAAGCAUCUUUGGUCUCCAGUUUUCCUUUUUAGCAAAGGAAUGCUGACAAGAAUACAAGCUGCUGAUGGCCAGAAGCAAAGUACUGCAUUACCCUUGCCAAACUCAGUGAAGGAAAGGGCAGGACUCUAAUAGCGUGUUCCAGACACUGGAAGCAAAACAUGCUUUUGUCCUUCCGUGUACACAUUGCCGUGGCUUGUCUCCAGGCUUUUGUUUUUUUGCUUUGUCAUUGCUGGAAAUUAGGUCAUUCUCUAAACUGCAAGCUAAUGAUCAUUUCCUGAUUUCAUGUGCACACAAUCUUCCUUUUCUAGAUGGCCCAGGCAUGUAACAAUUAUGUAUGAUUAAAUUCAGAACAUUUAAAAAAAAAAAAGUUAAUGGAAUAUAAUGGGAUAAAAGCAGCAUUGAUUAAAGGCAUAAUUCAAAGUCAUAUAGAGCUUUGUAUGUUAGUCAAUAAUGAAAUAUAAAAAGCAGU